UCCAAUGACCGUGAGAGGUACACCAGUUUCUCAUGCAACCACCCGUACUGGCCCAAGUGCAGGCACAGUGAUACCCAUGACUGGUCGUCCUGUAACUCGGAUUAGUGGGAUAACAUCAACAGUAGCAACAGGAAGAUCAAGCACUUCACAGAUCACCAUCAGUGCGCGUGGUCCAACAACAAUGAGAGGUACACCGAUUUCUCCUGCAACCAUCAGUACUGGGCCAAGCCAAGGCACAGAGAUACCCAUGACUAGUAGUCCUGUUACUCGGAUUAAUGGGUCAACAUCAACUGCAGUGACAGGAAUAUCAGUAUUACCUGAGGCCUCCACCACUGGUACCACCCUUUCAACACUUCUAAGUCCUACAUCUGAAACUGUAACACCUACAUGUAAGACUGGACUGGAUCCAAAUAACUCAUGUGUUUCCUACAGUUGUGAAAAUAAUGUGCAAAUAGUUCAUAAAAUGGAAUGUAAAAUUACCCCAGAGUGUCCUGAGUCUGAAAAAGUCUGGGAUGAAUUUCAUUGCUGCUAUUCAUGUCCUAAAAAAGCCAAAUUAUGUGAACCUGUUCCUUAUAAUACAACUAUUAAGGAGGAAUCCUGUGAACCAGCUCUUAUUGAUCUCAGAAGAUGUGAAGGAUAUUGUAAAGGAACAGCUGAGUAUGAUGUUGUCCUAGGUGGUAUAAAGCACACAUGUACAUGCUGUCAAGAAGAUGAGAUAGAAGAAAGACAAAUCGAGCUGCAGUGUGGCACUGCACAGCACAUCAUUAAAUAUAUUUACAUCAAGUCAUGUGUAUGCAAAUAAAAUCAUCACAAACAGUAACUAAUAGUGUGACAGUGGAUUCACUCACCCACAUAUACAGCCUGUUCAGAUGGUUUGGAAACGUGAAAUUUACUUAAACUGAGAACAUUUCUUUAACAAUACAGCAAUUAACUUAAUCAGAAUAUUAUGUGCAUGACAACAAAAUAAAACUUAAACUUCAAGUAAAAUACCCUGUUGUCUUGGUUUUGAGAAAUCUUUCCCUUUUGUUGCA